UGUCCUUCCUUUUCCGUUUCUUCACCAUCUUUGUGCUUCGCUCGAAUUUAUGGUAAUUGUUCUUGUAAGUUCCAAACCUCUGGCAUUAAUUAAACCCCAGUAUUCACCACAGAAGUUCGUUCCGUUCAUGGCAUGAAAAAAACCCUAAUUUCUUUGCAAUGGCGAAGAAUAUAGUUACCAGAAGAGAGCUCUUGAGUAGAUGGAGAGACAUCGAAGAGGAAGAUGAUGAUGCUCCAUCCGAUCCGUCGAAGCAGCAUCAGCUUCGCCGGGCGAAAGAAGAAUGGUUUUCAGAUGCCUUCAACUUUUUGAUAUCUUUGCCAAAAGAAGCACAUAUCUGGUGUGCUUCAUGGGACUUGAUGGCUCCUCUUCUGGAAACAUUCUACAAUUACUUUAAGGAUAAACGGGAAGAUUCUCCUCUCAAAAUUUUAUGGAAGAGAAUUUCUUGUGAAAUGCAACAGUGCACACAGUGCAUCUGUCAGCAUCAUCAAGCUCAGGAAAUGUUCAAUUCUGAGUAUGAAGAAGGUUCUGUUGGACCUCUUCUUAAUGUGUUGAGAAGCCUUGAUGAAGAAAGGGUGACUCAACACCUUAAAGAGAUAAAUGCCAAGAUAUCCCGAGGAGAGUAUGAUCCUGAGUGUCACAAUGCUGAAGUUGUUAGCGUGGUGUUUGAAGUGCUGAUGUUCCCUAUCUUGUUGGAGGACCUGUCCUUGGUGUAUGAGUUUCAAAUAUUUAUUGAAGCAAUUGAUAAUUCUCAUGAACUAACUUUGGCUGGACAUCAACAGUAUCCGGGUGUUUAUGCGCUUCUGUUCCUUAAAAGCAGAAGAUCUCGUUCCAUUGGUCUCCGUCUAGCUGGGUAUAUGGGCAAAAUAAGGAGAGCAACAGACUUGGAACCAUUGCAGUCUUUACUGAAGAAAUGCAUUGUUUUUCUGGAGGGAGAGGUGUUGCCAUCAACUCUGGAGACUUCAAGGCCUCGAGUGCAGCUUGAGCGAUCAGCUGUUUGGCAUGGAUUAAAAGCACUGCUUGGGUUCUUGGAGCCUCCUGUGUUUGAAGAAGGGGUAUUGGAGCGGUAUCCUAUUUUUCUCAGUAUAGUACUCAACCAUGUCAGUGAUGAUUCACUUGAAUUUACUUAUGCAGUUAAUUGCUUGAAGCUGCUCUUUGAAAUGCUUGGGUGCAAAGUUUGGUUGAGAACAACGCUGUCACCAAGUGUGAUGCGCAACACAUUGCUGGGUCAGUGUUUCCAUACUCGAAAUGAGAAAAGUCAUAAAGAAAUUUUUGAUCUUUUCCAGCCAUUUCUUCAGUCCCUUGAAUCUCUGCAAGAUGGGGAACAUGAAAAGCAGCGCAGACAUUUCCUCUAUUUUCUCCUCCAUCAAGUUACUAACAGCAGUAACUUCAGUGAUUUAAUGAAAAAAAAGGCUUGCCAGAUAGCUCUUCUCAUCAUACAUCGAGGUUAUAUGAUGAACCCACCAUGCCCACCAUAUGAGUGUGCACACAUGUGGGGUCCUUCUCUGUUGAGUUCAUUAAAGGAUUCACAUCUUCAUAGUUCUUUGCGGCAACCUGCACUUGAUCUUAUUCAAAUUAUUAUAGUCUCUGAUGCUGCUGCUUUGGUAACUUCAAUGUUGAAGUUUGUCAGACCUGCAAUCUGUAAUAGUGGCAUUUCUACUGAUCCCAAUGAUGAUGAAGAUGAGUUUCCAUUAUAUCAUGAUAUUGAGGAGAAGGGUAGCAGUUGUUGGAGUGAAUUUAGUAUACAGAAUAGACUUACGUCGCAUGAAUGUAGAGAUUGGAUGUGCAUUCCCAUGUUAUGGUUUGAUGUUUUGGUUGAGGUUCAUCCUUCAAUUCUCCCCAUAUCAUUUUCCAAGGCUGUUAUCUGGGCUCUAUCUCAAUUUUCAAUGGUAGAACCUCAAAAUCGUACAGAAAUGGCACUUUCAGUUGGAGAUUGGUUUUCAUCCCUUUCUGGAACUAUGUCAAUUUCUUCCAAGUGGGAGCUUCCAACUGGUUCUGAUGAUGGUGGUGAUGGGAAGGAAUCAAGGAAUGCGGUUAAAGCAGCAACAAUGUAUAUUCCUUUGAUAAAAGCUUUCAAGAGGUUUGCUACACAUUUCGUUAUUCAAAUGGAGCAUGGAGAACUUUGGAAGCAGUGGACUUGGGAACCCAGAAUGGCUGGAAGUUUGGUCCUGUUGUUUUUUGAUCCUAAUGAUAAUGUGAGGCAUGUUAGUAGGCUUAUCCUGGAACAUGUUUCUAAGACACGAGGCCUUGCCAGUGGGCUACAGUUCCUCUGUGACAGUGCAUUAUCUCUUUCCUCCAUGUAUUUUGGGUUAAGACAUUCAUUGAAACUGGUACAAGCUGCUGGUUCUGCUUUAUCAGCUUUCCAAAAUUCACACCAUUUGUUCUUCAUUCUACACAAGCUUCUUAAAGGUGCAGAUGCAUCUUCCAAAGCAUCACCGAAUAAUCCAGUAGAUGACUCAAAAGUCCUCAAGUUUUCAUCCCAGGGGGGGUUUUUGCGGAACCCAGUGUUUGAUGCUUCACCAAUAAAUAUUCAAAAUCCUUCAAAUAUGUUCAAGAUAAAAUCUUGGGAGCAGUUCAGUUGCUUGUCAUCAGAAAUUGUAUGGCCAUAUAUAAGGAAAUGCUUGGUAGAAGGUGUGGCACUCAAAGACAAUAUAAACUCACAGAUGACUUGUGUUCGUCUGCUUGAAAUCCUCCCUGUUGUUUGUCAACGGCUUAUCUCUUCUUCCCCUAAGCUAUCUGGGAGUUCUGACAUUGUGACAGGGCAAGUUUUUGACUUCAGUUGGCUUCAUGAUUUGGUAGAGUGGGGAAGGUCAUCCCUUGUAGUUAUCACAAGGUAUUGGAAACAGACAGUGAUUUUAUUGCUGGACAUACUCAAAGGUUUUUGCCAUGAUAAUUCUGCAUGGACUAUCAGGGCAAUUGAAAAGCUUAUUUCAUGUGAUAGUGUUGCUAUUGGUGAGUUGAAGGAUCAAGUAUCACGCCUCUCUGUCUCGUUAUCACGUGAAAUUGCUUGUACUGUUGGAAAGAUAUCCCUGAAGCAAGAGCCCUCAUUUUUUGAAGAUUUGCAUUUUGAGAAGUAUGCAACUUUAGGUACAAAGCCUUCUCACCUGGAGGAUGAUGAUGUGCAGGUACUAGAAUCUGUGGGGCAUACAGAAAGUAAGGGUGAAAAUAAGCUAAUCAUCCUUUCUGAUGAUGAAGGUGAGGAGAGUGCCCCUGCUUUAGUUACCUUUUCUCAUGGUGGAUCAAACCAUUUUAUGCUUAAUAACAAGACUAUGGAUCCAAGCGGUGAUAAAAGAACAUUGAAAGAUGGCUCUGGCAUGAGGUCUGUUUCCAAAACUGACAUCUUAGAGAACUUAACAAAGAAUCUUCUAAUCAAAGAUGCAGCUGGAAGUGCUAUAGCUGCUUCUCAGAAGCAGAACUGUAAUGCAUCUGGAGUUGGGUCCAUUCUUUCUCCUAUUCAAUCAAAAGCAAUAGAUGAUAAAAGAAAUGAAACAAACUAUACAUGUGCUCCAAGUAAUUCUUUAUUGUCUGAAAAGGAAGUUUCUGCUCCCAGGGUUCAGUCUGUUGAAGGUUCUGAUCAGGCUUGUUCUAAAGAAACUUCUGCUCCAACCAUGGAUUCAGAAACAAGAGAUACUGCCAUAAAAGAGUUAAUAUGUGACCUUGAAGAUGACCCACUGGAUGUUGCACUUGAAUCAGCUAGUCGUCCAAAGUCAUUGUUAACAAAGCCAAUCACCUCUGUUACUAGAAGAAAAGUCAUUCAGCUCCCUGAAGAAAACAGAUCUACUUUUCAUCAUAGGCUGGAUGCUAGAGUUAAGAGGUUGAAGCCUCGAAGGCUUGAUGACUGGUAUAGACCCAUUUUAGAAAUUGAUUACUUUUCCACUGUUGGAUUAUCAUCCAGAAAUGAGGCUGAGAAUCCACGUAUGACCAAAUUGAAGGAGGUGCCUGUGUGCUUCAAAUCACCUGAAGAAUAUGUGGAAAUUUUUCGCCCUUUGGUUUUGGAAGAGUUUAAAGCUCAACUGCAUAGUUCCUUUGUAGAGGCUUCCUCAUCAGAAGAUAUGUGCUGUGGCAGUCUGUCUGUGCUUUCAGUUGAAAGGAUUGAUGACUUUCAUCUCAUUCGCUGUGUUCCUGAUGGUGAAUUUGCAUCAUCAAAAGGAUGUUCAGAAAAUGACCUGGUUUUGCUUACUAAACAACCCCUGCAAAAUUCUGCUCAUGAUGUUCACAUGGUUGGAAAGGUGGAGAGGCGUGAGAAGGACAACAAAAGGAGGUCAAAUAUCCUAGUAAUUAGAUUAUAUCUUCAGAAAUCAUCUUCCCGCUUAAAUAAAGCUAAUAAGCUCCUUACUGAGAGGAGCAAAUGGUAUAUAAGUCGCGUUAUGAACAUUACACCUCAACUUCGAGAAUUCCAGGCGCUGUCAUCACUAAGUGAUAUUCCUGUACUUCCAAUUAUCUUGAAACCAACCAUUAGUUCCCGUGAUUGUAAUGAAUCUAGAAAAGCUGAAUUGGCUAAGCUAGCAAAGCCCUUGCAGCUAAUACUUAAGAACUCGUUCAAUGACAGUCAGCUCCAAGCUAUCAGUGUUGCCAUUGGAACUAAUGAUUCAAAAAUAGAUUUUGAAUUAUCUCUUAUACAAGGUCCUCCAGGUACUGGAAAAACCCGAACAAUUCUUGCUAUUGUCAGUGUAUUGCUUUCUCUACCAUUACAACGGAACAAAGAUGUAGGGAAACUACUAAAUAGCAGUAUGAGACAAAGCAGUAAUUCAUGCACAACUCCAAGAGUAUGUAUCAGUCAGUCUGCGGCAAUCGCAAGGGCAUGGCAGGAUGCAGCCUUUGCUAGACAACUGAAUGAGCAAAGUGCACAGAUUUCUAAAUCAACUGAAAGUUCAAUGAGGGCAAGGGUUCUUAUCUGUGCUCAAUCAAAUGCUGCGGUGGACGAGCUUGUAUCAAGAAUAUCUAAUCAAGGCCUUUAUGGAAGUGAUGGGAAGAUGUACAAGCCUUAUCUUGUAAGAGUUGGAAAUGCAAAAACUGUUCAUCCGAGUUCCUUACCCUUCUUUAUUGAUACUCUGGUUGAUCAACGUUUAGCCGAAGAGACAAGUGGAAAUGAUGCAAAUAAUGAUUUGAGCGGGGACUCUUCAAUAGCACUCCGUUCUAAUUUGGAAAAGUUGGUAGAACGAAUUAGAUUCUAUGAAGCUAAGCGUUCUAACUUAAGGGAUGGAAAUUUGGAUCCAAAGAUUUUGGAAGAUGGGGCACCUACAGAGGAGGGCAAGCAGGAAAUGUCUGAUACAGCAAUAGGGAUUAAACUCAAAAAUCUCUAUGAACGAAAGAGAGAAAUUUGUAUAGAGCUAGCUGCUGCUCAGGCACGGGAAAAGAAAGUCACUGAAGAAAGCAAAGCCCUUAAACAUAAACUACGAAAGUCUAUCCUAAGGGAAGCUGAAAUUGUUGUGACUACACUGAGUGGCUGUGGUGGAGAUCUAUAUGCGGUUUGCUCUGAAUCUGUUUCAGGUUGUAGAACUGGGAGUUCAUCUGAACAUACCCUAUUCGAUGCUGUUGUGAUUGAUGAAGCAGCUCAAGCUCUGGAACCUGCUACUCUUAUUCCUCUUCAGCUUCUAAAAUCAAAGGGAACCAAAUGUAUCAUGGUUGGUGAUCCAAAACAACUUCCUGCAACUGUUCUUUCAAACUUGGCUAGCAAAUUUCUCUACGAGUGCAGUAUGUUUGAGCGUCUGCAAAGGGCUGGCCACCCUGUAAUUAUGCUGACUGAACAGUAUAGGAUGCACCCACAGAUAAGCCAGUUUCCUUCCUUGCACUUUUACGACAACAAGUUGCUAAAUGGUGAUCAGAUGGACAGUAGAUCAGCACCAUUUCAUGAGAAUGGAUACUUUGGACCGUAUGUAUUCUAUGACAUUAUUGAUGGUCAAGAACAACAUGGGAAGACUACUGGUGCAUUGUCCCUUUAUAAUGAGUGUGAAGCUGAUGCUGCUGUUGAAUUGCUGAAGUUUUUCAAGAGGAGGAACCCAUCCGAAUUUGUUGGUGGAAGGGUAGGCAUCAUAUCUCCAUAUAAGCGCCAAGUUUCAGUCUUGCGUUCACGAUUUUCUAGUGCAUUUGGGCCUUCUAUUACUUCUGAUAUGGAAUUCAACACUGUGGAUGGCUUUCAAGGCCGUGAGGUAGAUAUACUGUUACUUUCUACAGUCAGAGCUUCAAAUGGUUGUAAAGAACCUGGUAUCAAUUCAAGCAGUAUAGGCUUUAUUGCUGAUGUAAGACGGAUGAAUGUUGCCUUGACGAGGGCCAAAUUCUCCCUGUGGAUUUUCGGCAAUGCACGCACUCUUCAAACAAAUCGGAACUGGGCUGCUCUAGUCAAGAAUGCUAAAGAAAGAAACUUACUUGUAUCUAUAGAAAGGCCCUAUGAGUUUGUGUUUAAGAAGCCUUUUUCAGCUGCAAAGAAGAAACCUAUCCCAGCCAGUUCUGAUUGUCAUCCAAAAGAUUUGAAACAAGGGGGCAGUGAUAGAAACACCUUUCAAUCUUCUGAACAGGAUAAGUGCAAUAACAAGGAAGCCUAUGAAAGGAAACCGAAAAAUAUAAGUAGCAAGGUUUCAAGACAUGAAAGCAUAGCUGGAGAUGUGGGAAAUCCUAAUAUAUCUGGAAAUAAGGAUCUGCUAUCUAAUUUUGUUCCAAAGGACAAGAGAAUCUUGAAGGAUGUAAGAUCCACCACAAAGCAUGCAGAAUAUAGCCGGGCUAAAUGCAAAGAGAGAAACCAAAAACAAAUGGAUUUAAAUAGUGAUUUGCACAGAACGGAGUCAUCCACACAUGGUGAUUUGAGAAAUGAGACUAAUUCAGUACAUAUGCAAGAAACAGAUGCUACUAAUAGAACCUUAAAGGUGGCAGUGUUGAAGGGAUCACAGGCAUCAGGUCAACAUGCUAUAGGUCAAACAAAACCUGAAAUUUCAGCUCCUACAGAAGGCAGCCAUCAUGACAGGGAGUCAAAUGAUGGAGGUCAAGUAGCUAGUCUAGCAGAUGCACCUAAAGAAAUGAUUGCAAAAAGGAAGAGACAACGGGAUGCUGUUGAUGCUCUUCUAUCUUCUGCUCUCAUAUCUUCCAAGAAGAUUGAGACUUCAGUGAGACCUGCACCUGUUAGGAGGCCUCUUUCCCCUACAGGGGCAGUAAGAGGUUCCAUUAGGCCUCCGAAGCCAAGGAAAGUUGAUCAAUCUCAGGAUAGGGAAACUAUCCCACCUUGUUCUCAGAUUCAUUACUCGCAAGAUGCAAGGGUUCAGUCUUUAGGCACCAAAGAUUUGGAGGAAGAAUGGAAGGCCUUCAAGGAGAUUAUUCGAGAUAGAAAAGGUCCUAUUACUUGAGAAUUUGCUUUUUAUGUCAACCAUAUGUAAUUGCAUCAUUUUUGGCCCUCUAUGGUUACCAUGCUGUAACUGUAGCUGUCUUCUUAUGUGACUCCCAAGAAAAAGAAUGGAGUGAAAAAAGGAAAGGCGAAACCUAACCAUUGUACUUGUACAUUAUCUCUUCAACCAUUUUUCUCUUCAGGGUGAAGACGAAUGGUAAGGUCUUGUACAGUAAUUGUGUACUUGUGAGAAGCAAGGGGCCAUUUUUUUGGGUAUGUGUUAUACCUACAAAAUUGAGCUGAUGUCGGUGCUAAAAGGUCACAUUUUUUACCAGUAAUGCUCAUUGUAAAUAUGCAACUUGAUUUGUUUCCAUAAUUUUGUUUUAAAGAAAAAGUUUUCAUUUCUGGCUAUACUGAUGCGUAUUUUUCUGCAAAUGUAACAAAAAUGGAAUUUGUUCAACUUACUUGCAACUUUGUAAGAUUUUUGCUGAGAUUUCCAUUUUUACCGGUCAACACUA